CGCUUUCUCUCUGUCCACGCAAGCUGCAACGUGGUGACUGACGGCCCCGUCCACGGUCGGACAGCUCUCCCUUUGGGUCUCACGGAAUUCUGAUUCCUCUGAAUUAAUUUGUUCUUCGUUUCAGCCCUCCCCCCGCGCUCGUCUACUUCGGUCUCGUCUCCCUCCUAGUGACGACGAGCAAGCACCAGAUCUCAUCAUCCUCACAACUCCUCGCUUUCCAUGACUGACUUGGCGCAUUCGUGCUGCUAGGCGGACUAGUUGGCAGGAGAGACGAGACUUUCAGCCACCAUCAUGUCGCAGAACCCCCAAGGCUCCAAGUCCAAAUGGAAAGUGGGCUCUUUCUUGCAGCAGGCUGUCGCCGGCGUCGAGUCCAAACUCGACUUGAUAUUGGCGGAAGAGGAGGGCCAGAAACAGCAGCAAGCAAAGAGUGUGGCUACUAAGCCUAGGCAAACCGAACAAACAGGCAAUAUAUCACGCAGCUCGUCGAAUGCGCGGAAGAAUGAUCGCCUCCAGGAACGCCUGGCUCGUGCCAUGGUCAAGUCAAACACCGCCGGAAAUGGCUCCCAACCUCCCAGCCAUGCCUCCCCCGUCAGCAGUCCGGUGCCCAGCAUUGGCGGACGUUCGAGUAUGGAUAUCGACGCUAGUCUUGAUUCUCAUAAUGGGAAUACAGGGAGGCAUUCUCGGAACUCUAGCCAAAUCGAGGGAGUCUCAGCUACUGCAGCCCCCCGGAUGAGCCAUGACUCGGGCGUCUCAUCGCGAAAUUCCAAGGACGGCGUUGUAUCACAGACCGAAGAUGCUACUGUGCAGGAGACCGCUUCUACAGACACCUCCGAUGCCCCCCAGGAUACUACACUAGAUAUUGAGCCAACAACCACCGAACCGGAGCAACCGUCUGCGCCGACAAAUUCCCUACCGGCUACGGAUACCCCUACGGACACACCGAGAACUUCCAGCGAUCAAGAAAAUACAAUUGCGCAGCUGCAGGCAGAGCACAGAGCUGCGGAGUCGCAAUGGCAAGAGGAAAUGUACGGAUAUAUCGAACGGAUCGAUGCUCUGCAAUCUAAAUUGAAAUACUUAGCCAAGGAAGCUGCGGAGUCUGCUAAAAAGGCUGCAACCACAGCCGACCCAGGGAGUACCGAGAAGCAACUCCGAGAAAAGGACGAGAAGAUCGCCCUGUUGCUCGAGGAAGGACAGAAGCUGUCCAAGUCUGAAAUGGACCACAGAACAGCGAUCAAGAAGCUCAGGCAGCAGUUGAUGGAGAAUUCAAAGAUCCAGACAGACACAAAGAAGAAGACUGAUAAACUGGAACGGGAUCUGGCCAACGCGGAAGUCCGAGCCAAACGAGCAGAGACGGCUGAGAAGAGAGCGAAUGAAUCGUUGUCUGCCCAGACGAAAGUGUCCCGGGACCUGGAAGCUGUCUCGGCGGAGCGCAACGCCCUUAGCCAGACCGUUGAAGAAGUGAAAGGACAACUCGCUAGAGCUGUCUCGAGAGCCGAAGCUGCGGAGGCUAAGGCUCAGUCUGAGGCAUUAGAGCAGGAGAAGCGCCGCGCCACCCAGUUGGAGGAAGAUCUUACUAGCGCCAAGAUCGAGCGUGAAAUUAGUGAAGAGAAGCUGAGGCGAGAGAUCAGUGAUCUGACGGGGGCGGUCGAGCAAGAGAAGGAGAGGGCACGCAUGCUGGAGGUCGAGCUGAAGGGGGAGCAAUCGGCGCUGGAAAGCAAGAUGGAAUCUCUGCGGUCCAGGGCAGAAGAGGCGUCUUCCGGGGUUACGGGCGAUGCGCAGGCGAAACUCCUACGCCAGAUCGAGACACUUCAGACACAGUAUGCUGUCGCCAGCGAGAAUUGGCAAACCUUGGAGGGCUCACUGCUUGCACGGUUGGCGAACGUUGAGAAGGAGCGGGAUGAGGUCGCACGACGAGAAGGCGAGAUGCGCCGGAAGAUUCGUGAAGUGAACCUCAAAGCGAAAAAACUGGAAGAAGAGCUGGAGAGUGCCAAGGAAGCCGAGCAUGACCUCGAAGACAAACUCGAAGAACGCAUGCAGGAGUUGCAGAAGACAGAGCAGAAGCUCAAGAAAGCGGCGGAUGACCUGGUCCUGGCCCAGAAGGAUCUCGUCGAACAGAAGAAAGUGCUCGAUACGACCUGGUCACAGAAACUCGAAGACGAGCGAACGAAAUGGCGCGAGCAGGUUAUCUCUCCAGCGGCCUUCCUCCAGCAGCCUCGUACUCAGUCGCCCGUUGCAUACAGCCGGAGACCGAGUGCUUUGGAGCCAGUGUCUUUAUCCGACUACCGGCCCGCAAGCCGUCGUCCCUCGACGUUACCAACUUCGCCAGACAUUGGCACUCCCCCUCGCCAGAACUCAUUCCCUAUUUCAACGCAUUCGAUGCUCUCGCCACCGCCAACCAAUGGUUUCCCCCAUCCAACGGUCCCGGAAACUCCGUCGAUCACCUUUGAGCCGGACGAGUACUUCAGCCGCUCAGGCACCCCCUCUGCUUAUGGCGGAGCGCCGACGCAGCAUUCUCGCGGCAUUAACGACAUCAUCUCCGAGUCGACUGUCGGUGCGGGACCGUCCGUGCAGCUGGUUGAGCGCAUGAGCGCUACGGUCCGCCGCCUCGAGAGCGAACGUGCAGCCUCGAAGGACGAGCUCGCAAGGAUCACCACGCAACGCGAUGAAGCUCGCCAGCAAGUCGUCGAUUUGAUGCGGGAGACGGAAGAGAAGCGGUCCUCUGAUGCUCGUGUCCAGGGCCUUGAAAAGCGGCUCGAGGAGCUCGACCAGAGGUAUCAAACGACGCUUGAAAUGCUCGGCGAGAAGAGCGAACAGGUGGAAGAGCUUCAGGCGGAUAUUGCCGACCUCAAGAAGAUCUAUCGGGAAUUGGUUGAUAGCACCAUGAAAUGA